AUGUCUACCCCAUCCACAAAAACCAUCCGCGUUGGCAUCAUUUGCGGUAGCCAACGCAAACCCCGGUGCGGCGACCAAGUCUCAAACUUCGUCCUCGAAACCGUCCAAAUCCACUCAAAGCCCACCAAUACCGAUGUACAAAAUAUUUCCUUUCAUUUCGACUUCAUCGACAUUAACGACUUAAACCUCCCUUUCUACGAUGAACCUGGAAUCCCCUCAAAGAUAACACCACCGGAGGGCUACACGCACGAACACACGCGCAAAUGGUCCCAAAGAAUAUCUCCCCUUGACGCCUUCAUCUUUGUCACCCCGCAGUAUAACUGGGGAUAUCCAGCGGGUCUCAAAAAUGCAAUUGACUACCUCUUCCACGAAUGGAAAGGCAAGCCAGCCGUUAUCGUCAGUUACGGUGGCCAUGGAGGCGAUAAAGCUGCUGCGGCGCUGAGGGUGUGUUUGGCUGGUGGCCUUGAUAUGCAAGUCGGUGAUAGAAUGGUUGUCAAUUUGAGUUUCCCGAAUAGGGAUGCGCUUUAUGCUGCGGCGCAAGGAAAGGAUUUGGGGUUGGAUGCGGGUAAGGAGGGUGGGGUUUGGAGUGAGGAGAGGAAGUGUAUCACUGGUGCUUGGGAUCAGAUGGUUGCAAUGCUUGUUUAA